AUGAGGGGGAUGCCCUUCAAUCUUCAGGGUAAGGGGGCACUGGAAGUAGCAGCAGCAGCAGAGGCCUUGUGGAGAAGCGCCGCCGGAUUUCCUCCCACAGACAACAGGAUUCUAGGCGUCAAUACUAAGGAAGGGUACGAGCCCAGAUCAGUACUGGAUCACAGAAGAAGUCCGAGCCCACCGACCUCCACAUCCACUCUGUCUUCUUCUCUGGGCGGCGGCGGCGGCGGCGGCGUCUCCUUCGACACAGCCAGCGUGGCGGCAGUCUCCGAAAAUCCCCCCCGCAAAUGGCCCCCCUCCCAAGGCUCCACCAGCUCGGGCGCGGCGGAUGGUGCGGGAAGGAAGGAGGAAUGGGUAUCGGAGCUGCAGCCCAUCCCGUCAGGGUUAGAUAUGAGUCUGAUAGGCGGUGAGAAAUGCGGCCCGGGGAUGGAGGACUGGGACAGCGUUCUCUCAGAGCCUGCGGUGGCAGCAGCAUCCUCCCCCGGUCACGACCAGUCUUUCCUGAGGUGGAUCAUGGGGGACGUUGAUGAAACCUUCGCCGUGGGUUUGAAGCAGCAGAAUCACCACCAAAUGCUACCGCAGGCACCCCUGGAGUUCGAUGGCGGCGAUGGUGGCGGAGGGUUUGGGUUGGUCGAUACAGUAUUUGGUUUCGAAGCUGUAGGUGGAAUGGGGGGAGGCACAUCGGGUUCGCUGGUCGCCGCUCCUCUGGCUUGUUCCAAUCCUACCACUUCCAACGUGGGGCACCCAUUCUUGGACAACAAUGGAAGCGCAAACGAUGGCAGCAGGAUUCUGCCGAUUCAGCCCAACCAAGGACCCCUCUCAGGGAUCAAAGUCCCUUCCUACUCGAACAGUUCUAAUCCCAAUCUCGUAUUUUCCUCACCGCCUCCAAAUGGUCUCCCACUCCAAAUGAUCUUCCAGGAGCCAACCGUUGGGGAGAAGUCUCAUCUCUUCGGCCCCAAUCUCCUCCUGAACCAGCAGCAGGGGCAUCCCCCACAGAACCCGGCCUUCGUCAUGCCCUUGGCGCCUUAUUCACAGCCGAUCCAUCAGCAGCAACACCUCCUCUCUCCUCACCCUAAACGCCACCAGUCCAUGGCCGACACCAGCUGCCAAAUAACUCCGCGCAUCCCUGGCUUCAACGCUACGCAUGAUCUCUUCCUAAGACGGCAUCAACAGACGCAGCAACAGCAGCAGCACCAGAGUUUUGAGAGCUUACAUGUUCUUCCCUGUCAUAGCCCUCAACCGAGGCCGAUGAAACCAAAGAUACCAGGAGACGAGACGCCGCCAGCAGCGCCGCCGCCGCCGCAGCAGCCGCAGGCACUGGUCGACCAGCUCUUCGAGGCCGCGGAGCUGAUCGAAUCCGGGAAUUUGGUUAACGCGCGUGAGAUAUUGGCGCGGCUCAAUCACCAGCUCUCCCCCGUUGGGAAGCCUCUUCUCAGGUCUGCUUUCUACUGCAAAGAGGCCCUUCGAUUUAUCAUCUCUAAGCAUUCCAGCAGCAUCCAUUCCUCCUCCUUGCCACCUAUGCAGCGAAACCCCUUAUUUACCGCUUCGUCAUCUCCACUCGACGUUGUCCUCAAGCUGAGCGCCUACAAGGCCUUCUCGGAGAUAUCCCCUCUCCUCCAAUUUGCCAAUUUCACCUGCACCCAGGCUCUCCUCGAGGAAUUAAGCGGGUGUGAUCGCAUACACAUCAUUGAUUUCGACAUUGGUGUUGGCGGGCAGUGGUCUUCCUUCAUGCAAGAGCUCGCCCAGAGGCGCUGUGCCGCCACCGCCACGACUCCAUCUCUAAGGCUAACUGCCUUUGCUCCUCUCGCUUCCUACCACCCCUUCGAGGUCGGCCUCACGAGGGAGAACCUCUCCCAUUUCGCCAGUGAGCUUAACAUCCCAUUUGAGUUCAACAUCCUCAGCGUUGAUUCCUUCGACCCAGCAUCCCUUCUGAGCAUGUCACACGGUGGUGAAACAAUCGCAGUGAAUCUCCCUGCGUGCUCACUGUACCACUCUGUCCCGGGUCUUUUGCGCCUCGUGAAGCAGCUUUCGCCAAAGAUUGUUGUCUGUGUAGAUCAUGGAUGGGAUCAUAGUGACUUCACGUUUUCCCGCCACUUCCUCCACGUACUACAGUCCGCAACCAUGCUGUUAGACUCCAUUGACGCUGCAUGCGGCAACCCAGAAGUUGUAAACAAGAUCGAGCGGUACCUACUGCAGCCAAGGAUUCAGAAUUCUCUUCUUGGGCGCCUCAGUGCGGCCGAGAAGGCUGUGCCAUUGUGGAACAUGUUUGCCUCAGCUGGACUGGUGCCCCUCUCUUUCAGCAAUUUCACCGAGACCCAGGCCGAGUGCCUCAUGAAGAGGAUUCAGGUUAGGGGUUUCCACGUGGAGAAGCGGCAGUCCUCGCUUCUCCUCUGCUGGCAACGGGGAGGACUCGCUUCUGUGUCCGCGUGGAGUUGCUGA